AAAAUAAUCAAAAAUGGUUGAAAGAAUAGGCCAUUUGCUUCUUAUCAUAAUGUUCUUCAUACAAGUUCGGUUUUCAACUGCACAGAAUAGUGAUUUUACGUAUAUGCGAGCUCUUAAGGAUGAAUGGGAUAACACACCACCUAGUUGGGAAGGUAGCUCUGAUCCAUGUAAUGGUUGGGAAGGUAUCAGGUGCACGAAUGGGCGUGUUACCUCCAUUACUUUGGCAAGCAUGAAUUUGAACGGGGGCCUUGGUGGAGACAUCGCACAGUUAACUGAAUUGCAGAUUCUAGAUCUAUCUUACAAUAAAGGUUUGACUGGGUCUCUAACUCCAGCAAUUGGGAACUUGAAAAAGUUAACAAACCUGAUCCUGGUCAGUUGUGGUUUCAGUGGUCCACUCCCGGACUCACUUGGAAGUCUUGACAGCCUCAUCUACAUGUCCCUAAAUUCAAAUGGUUUCACCGGACCCAUUCCACGCUCCAUUGGUAAUCUUGAAAAUCUUUACUGGUUGGAUCUAGCUGAUAAUAGGCUCUCUGGAAGUAUACCAGUUUCUAGUGGAAGCACUCCUGGUCUUGAUAUGCUGCUUCAUGCAAAACACUUCCAUUUUGGAAGGAACAUGCUCACUGGUAGUAUCCCGGAAAGACUCUUUAACUCCAACAUGACUCUAAUUCAUCUUUUAUUCGAAAACAAUCAGCUAAGCGGUCCCAUUCCUUCAACACUUGGCCUUGUGAAAUCGCUGGAAGUGGUACGUCUUGAUAGGAACUCCUUAACGGGGAAUGUGCCACCAAGUAUCAAUAACCUCACGGGUGUUUUCGAAAUGUUCCUGUCAAACAAUCAAUUGACCGGCCGUGUGCCUAAUUUAUCAGGCCUGAGUGUUCUCAAUUAUCUAGAUUUGAGCAACAAUACUUUUGACCCUUCACCUGUUCCUUCAUGGUUUUCAACUUUACAGUCUUUGACCACUCUGAAGAUGUCUAGUACAAGCCUUGAAGGACAGCUACCUGCUGCCCUUUUCAGCAUCCCUCAAUUACAGAAUGUUGAUAUAAGUAACAAUGCAUUGAACGGAACCUUGAAUAUCGGCACUACACCAAGCAACCAACUACAACAGGUCAAUUUGCAGAAUAAUCAAAUUGCUGACUUUACUCAACGAAGCCAAACAAAUGGUAUCGAAAUAAUACUUGUAGGCAAUCCUAUUUGUACAGAGUCAGGUGUAACAGAUAGCUUUUGUUCCCUUCCUACAAAUACUAAUAAUUCAUACUUGACUCCACCAAACAACUGUGUACCUACAUCCUGUAGUUCACCUCAAGUUUCAAGUCCAAAUUGUAGAUGUUCAUUUCCAUACACCGGAAACCUUUUCUUCAGAGCUCCUUCCUUUUCUGACCUUGGAAAUUCGACAAUUUAUGAUUCUCUCCGCAAUUCUAUGAUCCGUUCUUUUAGUUUGUCUCAACUCCCGGUUGACUCGAUUUCAGUCAGUAAUCCUUUCAAGAAUGUGGAUGAUUACCUUGUGAUCAAGUUACAGAUUUUCCCAUCUGGAGAAGAAAGGUUUAACAGGACUGGUAUUCUUGGCCUUGGGUUCUCACUUAGUAACCAAACUUAUAAACCACCCCCAGCCUUUGGGACCUACUUUUUCAUUGGUGAAAACUAUGACUUCUUAUUAGGGGGAUCAGGUGCAGGACACAAGUCAUCCAAUACUGGAGCUAUUGUUGGGGCGGUUGUUGGUGGUUGCGUCCUUGUGGUAUUACUAAUACUUGCUGGAAUGUAUGCUUUCCGUCAAAAGGGACGAGCUGAAAGAGCAAACCAAGAGAGCAGCCCAUUUGCAUUAUGGGAUGUCAACAAUGGAAGUGGUGCUGUUCCUCAGUUAAAAGGAGCAAAAGCUUUCUCUUAUGAAGAGCUUAGCAAAUACACAAACAACUUUUCGGAAUCAAACAACAUAGGAACUGGUGGAUAUGGAAUGGUAUACAAAGGAAGUUUACCAAAUGGGCAGCUCAUUGCCAUCAAAAGGGCUAAGCAGGGAUCAACACAGGGUGGACUUGAGUUCAAAACCGAGAUCGAGCUUCUUUCAAGAGUUCAUCACAGGAAUCUUGUGAGUCUUGUAGGUUUCUGUUUCGAUCAAGGUGAACAAAUGUUGGUCUAUGAGUAUAUUGUGAAUGGUACAGUCAAAGAUAGUCUAUCAGGGAGAUCUGGAAUCAGAUUGGAUUGGAUGAGAAGACUCCGUAUAGCACUAGGAGCAGCGAAAGGGUUGCAGUAUUUGCAUGAUCUUGCUGAUCCUCCAAUUAUACAUAGAGAUGUGAAAACAAACAAUAUCUUAUUAGAUGAACGCUUAGUUGCAAAGGUAGCUGAUUUCGGCCUAUCCAAAUCCCUGGGUGAUGCUAAUAGGACUCAUGUUACUACUCAAGUCAAAGGGACAAUGGGAUACAUGGACCCUGAGUACUACAUGACACAACAGUUGACUGAAAAGAGCGACGUUUACAGCUUUGGAGUCGUACUAUUAGAGCUAAUAACAGCAAGAAAUCCAAUCGAGAAAGGGAAGUACAUUGUGAGAGAAGUGAAGCAAACCAUGGACAAAAGUAAAGAACUAUAUAAUCUGCACGACGUCCUUGAUCCAAUCAUCGGUUUGACCACUCAACUCAAAGGAUUGGAAAGAUUUGUAGAUUUAUCAUUGAAGUGUGUGGAAGAAACCGGAGAUCAGAGACCAACAAUGAGUGAUGUUGUGAAAGAGAUUGAAGGCAUUAUGGAACUGAACGGUCUUAAUCCAAAUGCCGAAUCAGCAGCAAAUUCAGCAGGAGAUUUUACAACUAGGGGAAGUGAGCAUCCUUAUACUAAUGACAGUCUUUUUGCUUAUAGUGGUGACCAUUUUCCUACAAAGUUGGAUCCAAAGUAAAAAAAAUAUUUGCACAACCAAGAACCUGGAAUUAGUUAUAUAUUGUAAAAUUUAUUUUAUUUUUCUUUGAUUUAUGUAUAUGUAAUUUACACAAUCCGAGUUUUGAAAAGAAAGGUGUGAGGUUAUAUGUAGCUAUUAUA